CGACAUCGAUUUGAACGCGUGGCACGGCGACUUGGAGAAGCUCGUCCACAAGGAGGUGGACCGUGACGCGAUGCUUCUCUACACGAGCGGCACGACCGGCGCCCCGAAAGGCGUGCUCACGACCCAUGCGACCCUCCACGCCCAAGUGUCGGACUUGAUGACGUCGUGGGCGCUGUCGCCGACAGACCGCGUGCUGCACUUUUUACCGCUGCAUCAUAUCCACGGCAUCAUGAACAACCUCCUCGCGCCGCUCUGCGCCGGCGCCACGGUCGAGUGCCUCGUGAGCGCGUCGACGAGCGUCAUUUGGGACACGCUGGCCCGGUAUGAGCACCCUGUGACGAUUCUCAUGGCCGUUCCGAGCGUGUACAUGCUUCUGCUCGAGGCAUUUGACAAGCUGCCCGAGCCAAAAGAUGCGUUUGUGGCUGGUGCCAAGCAGCUCCGCCUAGCGAUUUCCGGCAGCAUGGCGUGCCCCGUCUCGAUUCUGUCGCGCUGGACCGCGCUGACGCACCAGAGUCUCUUGGAGCGGUACGGCAUGACCGAGUGCGGCAUGGCGCUUGGCAACCCGAUGGCCGGUCCCCGCCACGUGGGCUACGUGGGCCAACCGUUCCCUAGCAUCCAAGCCCGCAUUGGCGAAGCAGGUGCCCUCGAAGUCCGCGGCCCGACGCUCUUCAAGGCCUACUGGAACCGACCGGAGGAUACGAAGAAGGCGUGGACGGAAGACGGCUGGUUUCAAACAGGCGACGUCGCCGAGUACAAUGACGAGCUCCAGAGCUACCGCAUUCUGGGUCGCGCCAGCGUCGACAUCAUCAAGAGUGCCGGGUACAAACUGUCGGCGCUUGAGAUCGAACGCGUUCUUCUUGAGCACCCGCAAGUCCGCGAGUGUGCGGUGUAUGGCGUCGACGACGAAACGUGGGGCCAGAUCGUCACGGCAAUCGUCCGCCCGGACGCUGGCCUGCACAGCGUCGACGAGCUCUCGCCGCCCUUCUCGGCCUUUCUAAAAGCGAAUUUGGCCAAGUACAAGAUCCCGCGCAAAAUUCACAUGGUGACGGCGAUCCCCAAAAAUGCCAUGGGCAAAAUCAACAAGAAGUUGCUGCCGUCGCUCUAUGAUCUCUCGCCUUCUGCCUUCUUGUAGGCACACCAAGGGCGCCCACCAUGGUUGACGUGUAUCAAGUCGACGACGCCCAUCUGCCCGGCUAACGCGACCAUGCUUCCUCGUCUCAUUCUUGUCUGCCGCGCA